GAUGGGUGUGUUGGUCUAACAGCGAGGUGCGAUCCGCUGCUUAUCGCCUGAUACCAUAAAUUAUUUACACCAGAAGAGCAUAAACCUCAUCUAAAGUCCAGCGCGGCCUAUUUGCUGUUCAGGCCUUUAGACAAUGUUUAAUUCUUUCUCUCAACUCCUUUUUGUCACAAAGUCACCACCAGUGGUUUGUUAAGUUGAUAUUUCUUAGUCUACAUUUGGCUGAGAAGUUUCCUGGUUGGAGCAGGAACAACAUUUCCUUCAGACAUUUUCAGUUACAAUAAAGUUGAGCAGAAAGCAAGAAGUCGCUGCUGUUCACUGUUUUUCUAUCAAUAUUACUUAUAAUUCAACAAAUUUCAAACACAUCAAUACUAAAAGUGAGAAAAUCCUUCGUUGGAAAAUUAAGUUUUUAUGUAUCGUUGUGGUGCCCUCUAGUGGCCGGCUGCUGCUGACUUUUAAAGCAAUGACUCAGUUAAUUUCGAAAAUAAAUUUAUUUGAACAUGGCUUUUACUCAGCAUCCAAAAAUCAGGGAUGAUUAAAUAAUUCAGAAUGCAUAUUUUGAGGACAUUUUUCAGUCAACACAAUGUUGAUUUGUGUUUCCUCAUCAGUCAUCUGCUGCCGAAACCAAAAUGUACGAGAGGGAAGUGAACGCGUCAUUCCGGUGGGCGUGGCCUUCAAAGAAAAAGAAAGCGUUUUGGUUUGAUUGACAAGUGGACAGAUCAUCUGGACAGAAGGAGGAGUGGAAAUGUUCUCCAGCUUUUUGUGGUAGUCUGCAAAAGUGAACAAAAUGACUUCCUUGAAAAUCAGAUUCUGGAAUUCUGAACAGGCUCCUGUUGUAAAGUACAACGGUUUGAGGAACCUGGGAGCGACGUGCUACCUGAACAGCGUGCUGCAGGUUCUGUUCCUGACCUCAGAGUUCAGGGAGGCCGUGCACAGGCUCACCAGCCACAGGGAUAUUGAUCACCAUCUUCGCACGUUGUUUUCUGACUUGAAGAAGGGUACGGGUUCGACAGUCAACAUCACGAAGGCACUGGGCAUCCAGAGAGUGUAUGAACAACGUGAUUCUGCAGAGUACUUGGAGAAGAUUUUAAGUCUGACCAGCCAUGAUGCUUCAAAGGUUUUCCGCGGAGUUCUAAUGCAUCAGAACAUAUGCAGUGGAUGUGGGACAGAGAACAACGCUGACGGCCCGUUUUGGAGUUUACCUCUUGCACUGGUGGAGUCGAACGAGGAUUACAGUGUGGCUGAAGGUGUUGAUGCAUUUUUCAAAAGUUCAGAGCUCAGUGGAGAAAACCAGAUGUACUGUGACCAGUGUGACGCCAAAAAAGAUGCUACUAUUAAAUGUGUCAUUAAGACUCAUCCGGAUGUGUUGACGCUGCUGCUGAAGAGGUUUGACUUUGACUACCGUUACAUGCGUUACGUCAAAAUCAACUGCGGGGUGGACAUCCCUCAAGAGCUGUACCUACCACAGAAUCAACUCUAUGAGCUUUACGGAGUCGUAGAGCAUGUUGGAAGUCUGGCAGGUGGACAUUACACAUCCACCAUCAAGCCCCAGGACAGUGACACGUGGCACAAGUUCAACGACACCACCGUCACACUGCUAAACUUCCAGGAGGACCACAUCAAGAACAGCGCCUAUCUUCUUUUUUACAGGAAAAAGAAAGAUGCUGUCAAUCAAGGUGUUGGCAAAGUGAUCUCUGCUGGAGGCCUCCAGGGAGAAGCUGGACAGAAGGUGCAAAGAAAAGAGGAACGGGCAUCAGAAGAAGACAAUGCGGAGGUAGUGAAAGAAGAAGAAGAAGGAGGAGGAGGAGGAAUGGCACACAGGGCCGGUGUUGGUUCUGUAGGUGAAGAACAAGCAAUAUCCGAUGAGGGAAGAAAGCUGGAGAUCAAUCAGGAAGGUCUUGCAAGACAAGAAGGUGAUAUAGGAAGACAGGAGGAGGACAGAACAGAAAGGACAGGUGUUAGAAUGGGAGAUGAAGAGCCUGAACAUGACCUCGACAAACAAACAUCAGAGGAAAUGGAGACGACACCAGAACAUGUUGAUGUUGGUCAGAACGUGUCAAAUUCGGAUGAGGUUAGAAACCGUGAUUAUCAACAAAGUAUGAGUAAACAGGGAAAGAACAAGGACAUUAAAGAACACAGGCAAGAAAGGAAAAGAAAGCCUCUGAUGCAGCAAAGUGGUGAGGAUGAGGACAGUGAAACACCAGAUCCAUCAAAAAGACCAAAGGAGGACCAGACAUAUGGAGUGGAAGGCAACGAAAAACAUGAGGGAAGUGAUUUUAGUUCCAAGCAGGUUCAUGAAGGAGCAGAGAAGGAACAGGAAGAAGACAAUCAACAGCUGGACAGGAGAGGAGAAGAAUGUGAUGAAAAUCAGAAGGUGACAAUGAGGACUGAAGAAAACCAGGAGGGACCCCAGGAAGAACAUGGACCAUUAUCUGAGCUCGAUAAUGAGAGAAGUGAUUUUAGUUCCAAGCAGGUUCAUGAAGGAGCAGAGAAGGAACAGGAAGAAGACAAUCAACAGCUGGACAGGAGAGGAGAAGAACGUGAUGAAACUCAGAAGGUGACAAUGAGGACUGAAGAAAACCAGGAGGGAGCUCAGGAAGAACAUGGACCAUUAUCUGAGCUCGAUAAUGAGAGAAGUGAUUUUAGUUCCAAGCAGGUUCAUGAAGGAGCAGAGAAGGAACAGGAAGAAGACAAUCAACAGCUGGACAGGAGAGGAGAAGAACGUGAUGAAACUCAGAAGGUGACAAUGAGGACUGAAGAAAACCAGGAGGGAGCUCAGGAAGAACAUGGACCAUUAUCUGAGCUCGAUAAUGAGAGAAGUGAUUUAGUUCCAAGCAGGUUCAUGAAGGAGCAGAGGAAGGAACAGGAAAGAAGACAAUCAACAGCUGGACAGGAGAGGAGAAGAACGUGA